AUGUACUCCGUCGAGGUGCUACCGAGUUCGUCGACCCAUCUCACUCCGGGAUGGACCUACGUGCCUGAUCGGGGCUUCGAUCCCGCCAAAGCUGCCAUCACGCCCGCCAUCGGUCGGAAACGGGGCAUUCGCGAUCCAGGCCGUGCCGAUCUCUCGUCGCGACAGACCAACGCCAUCGUCCGACACCUGGCGGAGCUAGAUCGCGAGAAUCAUAGAGACGUGCAUAUUCCUGUCCCGACGAAAUCGAAGGAUUCUGGUAGAGGAACCCGAGGCAAAGUAACAUCCAACGUGCGCCGCAUCCUUCAAUCCCAAAAGACAUUCCGGAACUACCUCGACGACGAAGAAGCCGCUCUUGCGCAGGCCACCACGCAGUCCUCGAACGCCCAGCGACCAUCCAUCCACGGCCUUAACAAAAUCACUAAGCCGUCGUCUUUACGAAGAAGUUCAACGCCUGCUACCGGUGCCACAACGACGACGCCGAAAGGCGCAGACUCCUCCGCCCGACAGAAGAAUAAGCAAUCAUCUGCGCGGUCGUCUGCGUCACGGAAUACGUCAACGACGCCGGCGGUGCAGCCUUAUGCUCCUCCCGCGGACGAAAAGACACAGACACGGACAGAUAAGACGGCAGAAGGAGGAGGAGGAUCGGGAGAAGGAGGCAGCAACGACGACGGAAACCCCCAACCCGAAGGACAAGACGACGACCUCAAACACAAUAACGAACUCAUCCAGUCCCCUCACGACAAUGACCCGCUCUUACGAUCUUAUAUCCCCUCCGCGCCGUCAGAGCGCAUCAUGCAGGCGCUCUUGGCCGAGCCCCCGUUAACAUAUAAUGCGUCGCGAGCGGGCCCGCCGAUGACGAUUAAAUCGAAGCGCCAUUUCUGCUGCAUGUGUGGAUACUGGGGGAAGAUUCGGUGUAAGAAUUGUCAUCUUAGGACUUGUGGGUUGGACUGUUAUAAGGUGCAUGAGGAUUCGAGGUGUGGGGCUUUCUUUUAG